AUGAAUCAAUACUGUAUUAAAAUCGUGAUACUCCUGCUUCCUUUAAUAGCUCUCGGAUAUUGUGAACAAUCUAGUGACAAUAGCUAUGUAAAUAACAUAUCAGAGAAUAAUAAAAAUCAGAGUAAAUACUCAACGACGACAAAUCAACAGCACAGCAUUAAAAAUUCACAACAUUAUGUGAGCGACAUGCAGGAACUUAGUGAUGUGGUAUCUGAAUAUGUCGAUGAUAUCCUUAAACGAGAUACAAUAAAUCUCUUACCUGGAAUAGCAAUUCAGAAGAAAAUAAACACUUCAGAUGAGGCGGAAAGCAGGACAGCUGACAAGAGUUUAAUCUCGAAAAUCCAACAAUUCACAAAUAAUCAUGUCUUGACAGUUAAUUUGGCACGUGCAUCGACCGCAACCGGACGUCUGUUUUUCUUCAAAGGUUUGAAGAAGUUUAUGUGGCCCCUGUUCAUCGGAUUCCAAGUCGUAAAAACAGCCUUACUAGUCCUCUUCCUGCCAAGCAUCAUUGGAUCAGUAGGAAAAAUCGCAGCUAAAGGAUUGCCAUCCUUGUCAGGAACAAUUUCACAGUUUUCACAAUUUUCAAAUCCCAACCAAAACGCACAUGUUGAGCAAGUUGAUGACCUAGAGUUUAAAGACAAUUCAGGAAAUGUCGACAGCGAUCCAGAAGGGACAUUAAACUCUGUUUAUCAAUAUGCAAUACCAGAUAUGAAGAAUAACUUUGCAUCACAAAUGUAUGAGUCAGCACAAGCAAACAAUGCAAUUACACGUCUCGGACUCGACAAGGUCGAAAUGGUCGAGAAAAUGAAAACGACUGGAUUUUCAUCGAAAAAAGAUGACUUCAAAAUUUUCCAUGACAUUCCAUCAUCGUCGCAUUUGCUUAUGAAUUAUGAUCCGUUUUACAGUCCAUUAUUAUCGAGACUCGACACAAUCUUCCAACAGCUGGGUCUUGGCGCCAUGAGUGAUGAGAAAUGUCGCGCGAAAUUGGUAUGCUUAAUGUACUCAAAUCCAGCCAAAUAUGCACCGUAUAGUAAUUUGGUAUCAGCACAGCUAAGUCGUGAAUUGAAUGAACUACGAAAGCCUACAUCCGAUAACCCAGAUAUUUUGCGCUUCUUUAGAUACAUGCGUGCAGCAAAGGAUGGUCAAGAUGGAAUGGAGUGCGAAAUUGCCUACAAAGAGUGUUUGACAUUUAAUGAUAUGAGUGGACCAGCUAUGAUAAACACAUAUAAUGACAUCAAUAAAUUAGUACAAGCACGAAAACUCUCCGUGUAG